CGGGCGGUGCCGCGGGGCCAUGGCGGCGGCGCGGGGGUGGCUGAGGAAGGUGGCGGCUCUCGCUGCGGCUCUGCCCGGCGGGGGCGGCCCGGGACGAGCAGCGGCCCCGGGUCCUGCCGUGGAACCGGCCCCGGAGCCGGUCCAACAAGCGGCCGCCCCCGCCACAGCCGCGCUCUACGUGCACUGGCCCUACUGCCGCAAGCGCUGCUCCUACUGCAACUUCAACACGUACGUGGUGCGGGCGCUGGACGAGGCGGCCGUGCGCGCCUGCCUGGUGCGGGAGGCGCAGACCCUGCUCCGCCUCAGCCAGGUGCACAGGUGCGUGUCCGGGGUGCGCUCAGAAUGGGCACUGCUGCGCCCUUCCGUGCCCACCUGCAGCUCCCCACCCUCUGCCUGCAGCGUCUCCUCCGUGUUUUUCGGCGGGGGCACCCCCAGCCUGGCCAGCCCCGGCACGGUGGCGGCGGUGCUGGAGGCCGUGGCGGGGGCUGCCCACCUUGCUGCUGCCGCUGAGGUCACGCUGGAGGCCAACCCCAGCUCCGCCAGCACAUCGCGCCUUGCCGGCUUCAGGGCAGCCGGGGUGAACCGCCUCUCCAUCGGCGUCCAGUCGCUGGAUGACGCCGAGCUGAGGAUGCUGGGCCGGGAGCACACAGCGGCAGAGGCACGGCAGGCUGUGGAAGCGGCUCGGGGGCUCUUCCCCGGCCGAACCUCCAUGGACCUGCUGUUUGGGCUGCCGGGACAGAGCCGGGAUGCCUGGGCCCAGCGGCUGGAGGCAGCCCUGGAGCUCUGUGACGACCACAUCUCCCUGUACCAGCUGACGCUGGAGCGGGGCACGGCGCUGGCAGCACAGGUCCGGGGGGGAGCCCUGCCUGCACCCCCCCAGGACCUGCUGGCUGACAUGUACGAGACUGCCCGGAACGUGCUGGUGGCCACCGGCUUCCGCCACUAUGAGGUCUCCAAUUUUGCACGGAAGGGCGCCCUCAGCACCCACAACCUCUCCUACUGGCGGGCUGAUGAGUACAUCGGUGUGGGGCCAGGGGCGCACGGGCGCUUCGUGCUGCGGGGAGAGGGCGGCUGCAGCCGGGAAGCUCGUGUGCAGACCCUGGAGCCUGUGACCUGGAUGCGGGAGGUGCAGAGCCACGGACACGGCACCAGGAGCCGGGCGGUGCUAAAGCCUCUGGAGCAGCUGGAGGAGCUGCUCACCCUGGGAUUGCGCACAGAUGAAGGCAUCACACACGAGCGCUGGGGGCAUUUCUCGCCGCAGCUCAGCCUGCAGGAUGUAUUCGGGGAGCCGGGGGAGGCUCGGGCUCUGCAGCAGUCGGGCUGGCUCGUCCUGGACAGCGGCGGGCUGCGGUGCACCUGGGCCGGGCUGGCCGUGCUGGACUCGCUGCUGCCCGACCUGCUGUGGCAGCUGCAGCGGGCGCUGGGCGCCGCCCGGUGCCCUCCGAGGGACAAGGAGGGCCGGGACGCGGAGGCUGUAAGCGGCAACGAUGGACAAUGAAGCACGAGAGCAGA